GCCGCCGCUUCCCGCUCCCAUUUUCUUUCGGGCUUUUCGCCGGGUCUCAGCCGCGGGUCCGCGAUCGCUGACAUUCGCAGAACGCCACUGCAAAUUUUCUUGAUUUUAAUCUUUUUGUGGCAACACGAUAUGUGUUCUGGCCUGUUGGAGAACUAUGUGGCUGCCAUGGUGUUGAGUGCAGCUGGAGAUGCCUUAGGGUUUUGUAACAGAAAAUGGGAAUUCCAACGCAGUGGUGAGAAGAUUCACAACGAAGUGGCCAAAAUGGGUGGCGUGGGCCAUCUCAAUGUAGCAGGCUGGAAGGUCAGUGAUGACACCAUCAUGCACUUGGCUACUGCUGAAGCCUUGGCUGCUGCUGGCAAAAACCCAGACUUACUCCACUUGUACAAACUCCUUGCAACAAACUACAGAGACUGUAUGAGCGACAUGGCUGGACGAGCUCCAGGUAAUACCUGCAUGCAUUAUGCUCUGAAUUUGGAUCCAGAUGACCCAGAUAGCUGGAAACCUAAUUUCUGUGAAGGAGGCGGCGGCUGUGGAGCUGCCAUGAGAUCAAUGUGCAUUGGACUGAGAUUUUGUCAUCCAGAAGACCUGGAAACAUUGAUUACAAUCAGUAUUGAGAGUGGACGAAUGACUCACCAUCAUCCUACUGGUUAUCUUGGAUCCCUGGCGUCUGCUCUCUUUACUUAUUAUGCCGUGAACCACAAACCACCACAGGAGUGGGGAAGAGGACUAAUGGAGGUGAUCCCUAAAGCAAAGGCCUAUAUCCAGAAGUCAGGCUACUUCGUAGAUAAAAAUUUGGAGCAUUGGAACUACUUUGAAAGCCAGUGGAAGACAUACCUGGAAAUUAGAGGGAUCUCAGAUGGGAACUCUCCUCCUUCCUUCCCUGAAGUAUUUGGUGUGAAAGAGAGAGAUGAAUUCUAUACUUCCUUGAGUUUUUCUGGGUGGGGAGGUAGUAGUGGCCAUGAUGCCCCCAUGAUUGCCUAUGAUGCCAUAUUGGGUUCGAAGAACUGGACUGAGUUGGCUCUGCGGAGCUUCUUUCAUGGUGGGGACAGUGACUCUACUGGGGUGAUUGCUGCAUGCUGGUGGGGGGCAAUGUAUGGCUUCGAAGGGGUUAGUGAAAAAAACUAUAAAGAAAUUGAAUACAGAGAUCGACUGGAAAAAGUAGCUAAGGAACUCUAUCACCUCAGCUUGACUACAUAAAGGUCCUACCACUAGAGAUGAAGCAACCAUUAAAACGUAGCAAAAUAAAAUUCUUCUCAAGAACUUGUAAAAGAAUAUGAAAAGUGAAUACAUCUAGUGAUUUAAAUUAUGUAGGAAAUACUACUAGAAGCUGCACCACUAUCUGCCACUAAAAUGUUACAAAGUUAAGAAUUUGAAUAGAGUAUAAAAUUUAGCUGGAAAAAGGGGAAAAGGAAGAUAGCUCUCAUUUUAUUUGCAAAAUUAAUUGGGACCUCUAAUCUUUGGUGUUUCAUUUGCAUUUAGAAAUGUGGCAGAAAAAUCUGAAACAAGAGUUUUUGAUACCAUUUAAAUAAUGUGUCCUGCAUUAGGCUUUCUAGGGAGUGUGUAGGCAGAUGAUAAUUAUCCCUACCCCAAUUUCACUUUUUGGAUUGUAGUUUUAGAUGAUCGGAGAGGGCCAUUAGUCCUCUGGUUGCAAUUGAGCUGUUGUCAUGCUUCAGUUCAAAUUGCUCCCAUAAAUAUAAGCAGUACUGUGCAGACUUCUGACAUUUUGCAGGCAGUGAGCCACACCUUGGCCUCAGGAAUUAUUAAGUUUUGCUUAGCAUCUUGCAAACUUUGUGCAUUCUACCAGUAGAGUUCUGAAAUAAGUUCAUUUGGAUUGAACACAUCUUGCACCUAGAUCUCUAACAACUGAGACUGAGAAAUAUGUUCUAUAUGUUUGCUUUUAAAGAUAAUCCCUCGAGGAAGGGGGGGGGGGAAGAUAAAACAAUUGCUAAGCAGAGAGAUAUUUUGCAUACCGCUAAUAAGAUACUGGAAUAUCAGCUUAGUUUCCCCUUCCUUCCCCAGCAUUGUUGAAUGAUUAAGGAAAAGCAGAUCUUCUAUCUGCCACUAUUUCUAAGCCCCAGUGAAGUUGUAUGUUCAUAGUCUUAGCUUUCACAGCGAAAGGGGAAUAGACCAGUGAAAUCCAUUCUUCUGUACAGGUGACUCAUCUUAGGCACUUGUCCAAUAGUUGUGUUGCUGUGCACAUGGCAGUGAUGCCAAGCCAUGGCUAGAGCAAGAACCUUGUGGCUUGCUGCAGUUGAACAUCCAACUUGACAUGAGCAACACUUUGAUAGCCGGGUUGUAUCAAUAAAAAGAAGUUUUGUUAACAGUUCAAAACCAUUAAUACAGGACAUUAAAUCACCAUUUUAACACAGUUUA